AUUGUCAAACUAUUGCAUGUAUUCGUGUACGUCUCUUGACGGAGUGUGUAUUUUUUCCUAUUGUAUCCAGUUACUUUCCACGCAAUUUUUCACGGCUCUUCUCCGGUGCGGACUGCAUGUUUAAUCGUCUCUUGUGUGGAAAACUUCGUAUUAUAAGUUAAUCCUGUCCUUUAACCAUUCCGAGAAGCAAACGACGACACACCCGUAGUGCAAAAACUUUACCCUUUUUCUUUGUGUGUGAAGAAAAGUCGUCAUUUUUCACACCGUCUGUGAGUGUUUUUUUUUCACGUCCAGCAAACAAAAGCAUAGCCCCAUGAAGCAAGCUCCGCUCGUAGCUUAGAGACCGUUUUCUCCCAGUCUCGUGUCUUGUGGCGUAUACGCACCAUCCGGCGGCCACAAGAUGGGCAAUACGGACACGAAGCUAAACUUUCGCAAGGCAAUCGUCCAGCUGACGAGCAAAAGUCAGCCGAUCGAUGCGAGCGAUGACGCAUUUUGGGAGCAGUUCUGGUGCGAACACAACACACCGGUGCAGGACGUGUUUGCGCUGGUGCCGGCAAACGAGAUACGCAAGGUGCGCGAUGUUAUGCCCACGAAUUUGGCCACGCUUUGCUACAAAGCGACCGAAAGGAUGGUACGGGCGGUGGACAAUAGCUGUAGGACGCAGGGCGAACAGCAAACCGUACUGAACUGUGUCCGGCUGCUAACACGUAUCCUGCCCUACGUGUUCGAGGAUGUCCAGUGGAAGGAUUUUUUCUGGUCCUCGCUACCGUCUGGCAGCGAGAAGGAAGAAAGCGGAUCGAUUCCACUGGCCCAAAGUUUGCUGAACGCAAUAUGUGAUCUACUGUUCUGUCCGGACUUUACCGUAAUUGGGUAUCGCAAAUCGGGCCCCGAAAAGGCGGAAGAACUCAACUCAAUCGACAGCUGCGAGUACAUCUGGGAGGCUGGCGUGGGUUUUGCCCAAUCGCCACCGCGCAAUGGAAGCAUGGAUGCAAGGCGUACGGAGCUGCUGAAGCUGCUGCUAACGUGCUUCAGCGAAACGAUGUACCGUCCACCGACGGCCAGCGAUGAACCGAACCGUUGGAUCGUGCACUUUACCAGCGCGGACAAUCGGCACGCACUGCCCCUGUUCACGUCGCUGCUGAACACGGUCUGUGCGUACGAUCCGGUCGGUAUCGGGGUACCGUACAACCAUCUCCUGUUUACCGAUACGCUCGAGCCGCUGGUCGAGGUUUGUCUGCAGAUUCUAAUCGUUACGCUCGACCAUGACAUUACGAGCAAUGGGCCGGCACAGUCAUCCGCCUACAUACACGACGACAGUACGAUUGCGGACAAUCUCUUCAUUAACUAUUUGUCGCGCAUCCAUCGGGAUGACGAUUUCCAGUUCAUACUGAAGGGUGUGACGCGUUUGCUGAAUAAUCCGCUGGUACAGAGCUAUCUGCCGAACUCGACCAAGCGGCUGCACUGUCACCAGGAGUUGCUCGUGUUUUUCUGGAAGAUUUGCGACUAUAACAAGAAAUUCCUGUACUUUGUGCUGAAAAGCAGCGACGUGCUGGACAUACUCGUUCCGAUACUCUACCAUCUCAACGAUUCCCGUGCCGAUCAGUCACGCGUUGGUCUGAUGCACAUUGGCGUGUUUAUACUGCUCCUGCUGUCCGGCGAGCGUAAUUUCGGCGUACGGCUAAACAAACCCUACACAGCCACCGUACCGAUGGACAUUCCCGUCUUUACCGGCACCCACGCGGAUCUUCUAAUUACCGUAUUUCACAAAAUCAUUGCCACCGGGCACCAGCGCCUUCAGCCGCUGUUCGACUGCUUGCUAACGAUUCUCGUCAACGUAUCGCCGUACUUGAAAACCCUUUCGAUGGUGGCCAGCAUCAAGUUGCUGCAUCUGCUCGAAGCUUUCAGCACACCCUGGUUCCUGUACUCUGCCCCGUCCAACCAUCAUUUGGUGUUUUUCUUGCUGGAAAUCUUUAACAACAUCAUCCAGUAUCAGUUCGACGGAAACUCGAACCUGGUGUACACGAUCAUCCGUAAGCGACAGGUGUUCCAUGCGCUCGCUAACCUCCCGACGGAUGCGGCCGGCAUUGCGCGGUGUCUCAGCAAUCGUAAGGGUGGCAAUAGUGGCGGUGGCGGGGGCGGUGGACGAAUGGGUGGUUCUAGUCAGGGGUCGGCCGGUUCGAAAAGUUACGCCGGGCACGAUGAUGAUGCCGCGGAUUAUCAGCAGCGAAAAGCGGCUCUUACUGCAUCCGGUACGGGAAGCGAUUCCGUCGGUGGGGAAGAUAGUGAGGAGGACCGAAUUUCCACCCGAACAGCGCGAAUCGGACUUCGCGAGUCAGACAGCGCCAGUGAGCGUGACGUCGGACCGCGCAUCGUCGGUGAUGAGGAUGCUCGUAGUGAUAUCGUAGAAGAAUCGAUGGAAGGUUCCCGGCCGGCACAGGAAGCCGAACCAGGCACGCUGCAGGCGACGCUGCUCGAUACACCCAAUCUGGCGCAAAUCACCGAACGUGAAUCGGCACACCCGAGCGAUCUCGCUAGUCCCUCGUCGCCGGAUUUACCUGCUGGCGUGCCCGAAAAGCUCGCCAUAAGCGAUGAGGAAGAAGCGGAAGGCGCGAAGAAGGCUGGCACGGCUGAUUCGUCCCCAAGCAAAACACCUUCCCCACUGAAGCGUUCCGUGGCGCAACGUGGAAGUCUACGCGUAACGCCGGCCCCGGCCCAACAGCACGGUUCGCAGGUGAAACAGUGGCAACCGACACCGGAGUGGGUGCAGUCGUGGCGCUCGAAGCUACCGCUGCAAACCAUUAUGCGCCUGCUGCAGGUGCUCGUGCCACAGGUGGAAAAGAUCUGCAUCGAUAAAGGCCUUACCGAUGAGUCGGAGAUACUGAAGUUUCUGCAGCACGGCACACUGGUCGGUUUGCUGCCGGUACCGCAUCCGAUCCUGAUCCGAAAGUAUCAGGCGAACGGUGGCACGACCGCCUGGUUCCGGACGUACAUGUGGGGCGUGAUUUACCUGCGCAACGUCGACCCGGCCGUGUGGUACGACACGGAGGUGAAGCUGUUCGAGAUACAGCGUGUGUAAGUCAACGGAAGUCUGGUAAGCAGAAAACUGUUCUUAUUCCCUCACACUAACAAACGCCCCCGACAGCACUGUCAUCAUCUUACGGACGCUUUUUAAAUGCUGUUUCCACUGUACUGGACUGGUUAAAGUAUGAUGCCUUUGAAUGAAGUAGCAUAAGAGAUAGCGAGAAAGAGACAAGGUCAAGAUCCUCCAACAGUUAUAGGUGCAAUAAGCUUACCUUAAGGGGCUAUCAAACCCCCCCUUUACCCAAUAUUCAAUUCUGAUCGACCAUUCCGUCUGUAGCUGUCAUUUCAAAAACAUCCAAAUCCUAACUUAAGUAAGAUAUGCCCGUUCAAGCAAAAGACAGGCACUCAAGUAAAGUAAAAUGCGUCGCCUCUUACUGAACACCUUUUUUUAACGCGUCCUUUUCGUUUCGGCCAUAUAUUUUAUCCGCUUAAAGUGUCAAUACGUGAAAGCUUUAAUGUAGUGCGUGCGUGUGUGUGUGGAAACCAGUGGGAAAAUAGCUUAAACUACUACUUCUCUAUUUAUGUCCUUUUUAAUUUGUGGCAAGAUUGAAUCCGCUCCCUUUAAGAGACAAAAAAUCUAAGAAAAUCAAUAAUAAUAAUUAUUUAAAAAAAGAAUGCUAAAACUCUUAUAAACUUUGUAAAAGAGGCUUUGAUACAUAAACAGCACGCAUAUUCGUGUAAAGCAUACAAGUUUACGUAAGAAAAAAAAAAACAAAACAAAAACCCAGUUAAGAGAAGAUAAAACCCUCUAAUAAAUGAAAGGAAGGCAGGGUAAAGAAAAACAGAGAACAGAAGGGAGGAACAAACCCGGAUAGAAAAAUAGGGCCGAUGUGCAAAAGCAUUCUAGAGGUUAACCGUGUGCGCCUGACGUAAACUAACUUAAAUCAAUCAAAUCUAUAUGACAUACAAAAACCCAAUAUAACAUAUACAACCAUACAAUAAUACAUACACCUCUAUAUAUAUAUAUCGUACUGCGUGUGACGAAGCAAAGGUGAGCACACGUUUGCGCUUUCCUUUAUCGCACGAAGACUGUGUUAUAAA